UCAAAUCAAAUUGGCAUCUGGAGGUGGCAGAUGUCAAACUAUUGUAAAAAAAUCGGCUUUCUAUUCGAUUUUCGGCGGAAAAUGUUGUAAACUUACUUUACAAAUAGCUAAAUACUUUUUUCGUAGAGUGCAGGGUUUUAAAAUAAGGCAAACAUGGAUGACCAAGCCUGUCCACGUUGUAAAACAACGAAAUACAGAAAUCCAUCUCUGAAGUUGAUGGUAAACGUAUGUGGCCAUGCUUUGUGCGAAAGUUGUGUUGAUUUGUUGUUUUUAAAAGGCUCAGGAUCUUGUCCAGACUGCAACGUACCAUUACGGCGAAGUAAUUUCAGAGUCCAACUAUUCGAAGAUCCCAUGGUAGAGAAAGAAAUUGACAUCAGAAAACGAGUUCUAAAGGAUUUUAACAAAAAAGAGGAAGACUUUGCCACAUUACGUGAAUACAAUGACUAUUUAGAAGAAAUAGAAACUAUUGUCUAUAAUUUAACUAAUAAUAUAGAUAUAGUCGGCACCAAUAAACGGAUAGAACAGUACAAAAAGGAUAACAAAGAUAUUAUAAUGAAGAAUAAAGUUAAAAUUGGUAGAGAAGAAGUAGAAUUAGAAGAGAUUUUAGAAAUAGAAAAGCAGAUGGAAGAACUUCGUAGAGCGGAGAUCGCUCGUCUUGAGCAGGAAGCAAAGAAACAGAAGAUUAGGGAAAAGGAAGCGUUGAUUGAUGAGCUCAUGUUUGCGGAGGGUGACGCCAAAGAUAUAUUGAAUACAUUCGCACAGAAUAAGGCUAAUAAGCAAGAGGAGUUGGUUCCUGUUGUGCCAAAGGUAACACAAUUCUCAACGGGUGUGAAAUUCACGCGAGUGUCGACACAACCCACGUUGCCGCUCAUUGAGGAAGGUCCGUUGUACAAGUACGAGCCACUGGCCGUGCCGGACAGAUGCGGGCCUGAUCCACCUUCCAUUGAAGAUAUUGUUGCUUGUGGAUAUUUGAAGCAUGUCAGAGCUGAAUCAGAAACAGAGAAGGCUGGUGGCUACAAAUCAACACUGCCGUGUCUACGUGCCUUACAAGAUGCGUUGGCCGGCCUGUAUCACGCCAGUUGACCAGACGCGAUCAACGCCGAUACUGUUAUAGUACUAGACUGAGAUCGAUAGAUGGCGGUAGUGUGCUAAGGGUCUAAGGGUGAUGAUAUUAAUGUUUUCUGUUAUUUUUAUUUCGUUUUAGGUAUGGGCAAGUCACAUGCGUAAGAGUUGUGAUUUUUUGUGUGGGAAUCGAUAUGAUGCAUUUAAUUUGGCAGCUGCCAUUAAUUUACUACACCUAUUUUUUUUUCUAAUUUAUUCCACCAAUAGGUGAUAUACGUCUUCAAUUACACCGCAGACCUCACAAUUUGGAGACUCUGAUCUCUUCAUCAUGUGUGCAAACUUGUUCAGUGGAACGUGACCUGAUCUUAAUCUAAAUGCUGUUACAAUCAAAGAUCUACUUAAAUUCAUAUCAGUGAGCCAUGGUACUCGAGGAGGCUCACAUUGUAUUGUUUUAUACCAAAUUCCUCUUUCCAGAGAUCUCUCAUUAAAAUAUUCAGUCCAGAUAGUGUGGCAAUAUUUUUUGUAUUUAGGUAGCAACUCAGUGUAAUCUGGCAAUAUUAGAAUCUCUUUUCCAUCUACUGCUGCUUGUAUCGCCAACAUGUCAGCCUCCUCGUUACCUCUGAUGCCAAUAUGUGAUGGAAUCCAUUGCAAUUUCAUCUGCCUACCCUGUAAUUCGUUUUCGUAAAUUUCAGAGAGUAUGAAAGCAUAAGCUAUCGAUGUGCCUCUGCCAUACUGUACCUAUGCUAUGUUCAAUUUAACUUUAUUCUUAUUUCGUACAUGUUUAUUAAAUAAAUUGAAGAUAGAUGCUGAUAUCCUUCAAGCAUCCUUAUCCAGUAUUUUAGGAGUAUCAAGUUUUGUUGAACAUACUGUGCUGGUACUACUUACUUUUCCCGACUCGCGAAUAUUUUGUUGAGUGUGAACGGUCAAUUGUUUUUCUAUACAUUUGUCUGUUCUGGCGUUACGCGACUGAUGAUACGCGACGCAUGUUCCGUCAGAUAUGAACCGACCCUAAGAUUUUAGGCUUUCGAUGUCUGGAAUUCGGCUCAGUAUGUGACUUGCUCCCUUUAUGUUACAUGAGACGCUUUUAACUGGCGACAAGAGAUGAUAUGAGAUGAUGGUGAGAUGUUACAUUUCAUUUAUACACCUCUACCGUGAAUUAAAAGCGUCAUCGUAUGUUAAUUUUUGAUUUGUAAACGAUAGACCUAAAGCGACACUAGCGCCAUUGCUCGUCUAGUGGGUGUAAGUGGAACUUGUAUGAUUGUUAACAACAGCUUUUAACAAAACAGUAUUGCGUUGAAAAAAGAAGAUUUAGAGAAUGAUAAAGGAAUGAGAAACUUAAAAAUUUGUAGGAUAUUAACAACUUUUCAAAUCUCUAGGUUAAAAGAACCUUAAGUGUAAGGCUAUUGGAUCGUUUUUUGUUUGACGGUUGAAGUGUCGAACAUGUAAUAAUAUGAUAUUACUGGAGAUUUGAAUAUUUGAAUUGAGGUGAAAACAUACUUACUCCACACUACACCACGUAACCAAAACACUACAUCGGAUGAAGUAUUAUUGAGAUUUUCGGUGUUCGAAAACAAAAGUCUAAAAUUGUAUCUGUCAUAUGUACCUAUGAUGACUUAUUAUAUGCUUUUAGCGUGGCGUGAUGUGGGUUAAAUAUGUUGUCACAGUACUUUUAAGAAUGUGUGUGUAAAUACGUGUUGUAUUUUAGACUAUAGGAUUGUGGGUAUUGAAGAAGAUAUAGAAAACUAUAAUUUUGUAUAAUAAUUACUGUGAGACUUAACUAGUAAAUUGAAUAAAACUUAUGUCUUAUAUUCUCGUAUAAACUGUUCGAGAAAUUCGACUAAUUUCAAAUCACACCGGGGCUCAUAAGUAUGAGCUGUGUGCGCAACGUUAAGCAGUAAAAAAGGCGAAAUUUUGUCUCAUUUAAGACAAUACUUGUCAGAGAUUGUAAGCACAUGUUUUGUCGCUUUCUUUCACUUAUGUCUUCGAUAUCUCCAUCCUUGUCUAAUGAAUGACGUUUCUCUAAGAAUGUUGCCAAUGUAAAUAAAUGUACAUAAGUGUUAAUUUAACGUUAACUUAAGUACUCGUUUAAAUACAUUGUCGGGUGGUUAGUUAUGUUGUUGUGUUGUUAUUUGCUGUUGUUUUGUGAUAAUUAAAGUGAGUGAGAAAG